GACGUGCUGCGCAGCUGUCAAGUGUGAACCAAUUAGGCUCGAGGACGGAGUCGUCAUGUGAUCAAAACAGGAAGUGCAGUGCCGCUGGACUCUGUGAUGUUUGAUUAUCAUCGGUCUCUAUGAGAAGGCGCAGUUGCUGCUGUUUAAUCGCUGUCAGCAUGGCAUUACUCCUCAUCAUCAUCUUCAUCUGCGGCUCCAUCAGCUCUCACACGAGUGUGGCGUCCAGAUCUCAGAGUGAGUUCAGGGUUUCUGGUCGAGCGCUGUAUAAGCUGGACAUCUCCUGGCCCAAAAACCCCGAGUACUUCACCGGACAGGUGUUCGGUGUGGCUGUCAAUCAUCUGGCCGGUCUGGUGUAUGUGGCUCAGAGAGGCGAUAACGUCCCUAAAGUGCUGGUGUUCAGCACAGAUGGAGACUUCCUGCAGGCCUGGAACACCAGCAGCCUGGAAAUGCCUCAUGGGAUUUUCCUGGCCAACGCAUCCGCGGAUCCAACGGUGUGGAUCACAGAUGUGGGGAACGGGUCGUACGGACACACAGUGAAGCAGUAUUCUCCAUCAGGGAAGCUGCUGCAGGUUCUGGGAUCUCCUGGGAAAGCCGGAUCUUCUCUCAGUCCGCUGCAGUUCGACCAGCCGGCUGAAAUAUUCGUCCACAGCUCUGGAGAAAUCUACAUAGUGGACGGAGACGGCGGCAUGAACAACCGGCUGAUCAAACUCUCCAGAGAUCUGCAGGUGUUGUGGAUGCACGGAGAGAAAGGACAGGGACUCGCUCAGUUCUACAUCCCUCACAGCGUGGCGGUCGACAGCUACCAGAGGGUGUGGGUUGCAGACAGGGGGAACAAGCGUAUCCAGGUGUUUAACUCGGUGACGGGUGAUUGGCUGGGCUCGUGGGGCAGCUGUUUUAAAGAGGAUGCACCUUACUCCGUCAGACUCACACCAGAUCAGAAGUACAUGGUGGUGGCUCAGUUAAACACCAAUCAGGUGACGCUGCUGGAGGCUCCGCCCGUCGGCAUCAUCGGUCAGUGUCAGGUGAUCAGCAGCAUCCAGCUGGCCGAGGACGUCAAACCGCACCUGGUGGAUCUGGAUCUGAAGACCGCGGCGCUGUAUGUGGCGGAAAUCGGGGCCAAUCAGGCGCAGAAGUUCAUUCCUGUGACGGCCGCCGGUGUCUAGAUGUUCAGAGCCCAGCGUCGCUCCCGAUCACAGAGAGAUCAGCGCUGAUUAUAAUGCUUUAAAAAUCAAACCUGUUUGAUUUGGGGUUGAAAAUGUGAGCAGCACUGAUGAUAAAUACGUGACCUGGUCCACAAAACCAGUCAUGAGGGUAAAUUUUGUGAAAUUGAGAUUUAUACAUCGCCUGAAAGCUGAAUAAAUAAGCUUUCCAUUGAUGUAUGGUUUGUUAGGAUCGGACAAUAUUUCUCUGAGAUACAACUAUUUGAAAAUCUGGAAUCUGAGGGUGCAAAAAAAUCUAAAUAUUGAGAAAAUCUCCUUUAAAGUUGUUCAAAUGAAGUUCUUAGCAAUGCAUAUUACUAAUCAAAAAUGAAGUUUUGAUAUAUUUACGGUAAGAAAUUCACAAAAUAUCUUCAUGCAACAUGAUCUUUACUUAAUAUCCUAAUGAUUUUUGGCAUAAAAGAAAAAUGGAUAAUUUUGAGUCAUACAAUGUAUUGUUGGCUAUUGCUACAAAUAUACCUGUGCUGCUUAUGACUGCUUUUGUGCUGCAGGGUCACAUAUUUAGUUUACAGUCACACUACAAUCAAGGCUUAAUUUAAAUCAGAAAUAUAAUACUGAUUUCAGAUGAUUAUCGCAGAGGAAUAAAGGGAUCAGAGAUUGUUGUGGCAACGAUUGUUUUAAAUUCACUGGUUUUGUAUUUUUCCACUGGUCUUUAUUAUUGUGGGUUGUUUUUUUGUUGAGAAAAUAAUGUUCUUAUGAAUUUAUAUAAAUUAAACUUUGUACAUAAAUGUGUUAUUCCUAUGUUUUUGUCAUCUUGACUUGUAAACAUACGAGCUGAAUGUCACAUUUUACAGUUUUUGACUUUAAAAAGUGAUGCACGUCGAGUUUCUGUGAAGAAUUGUGUUGAUAUACUGCAGUGUGCCAUGAUUUUCUGAUGAUGCUUUCAUCAUUUUAAUCUGCAGUGAUGGUUGUGGUUAGUUUAGCUUCACCUGUUGACAGUGUUGGAGAUGUGAUUGUGAUUAUCAUGCUAUUGAAAUCUUAUUACUGAAGCAUCACAUGGAAAGUUUGAGUAUAAACCCAAUAAACUGAGAUGGGCUUUAAUUUGUGUGGGUGAGGAAUAAUAUUUGAUUUAAACUGUCUUGAUGUGUAUUUAAUGUAAAUAAAGACAUUUGUUUUUAGGUUUUUA